CUCUUGAGAUGCAAUACUAGCGCCACAUUGUAUUCGUAUUGGGUGGAUAUUGAAUGAACUAAAUGGCAUCGAGAUUGAGUUUAAUUCGUACUCUGGACGCUAUUUUGACAGCUACGAUUGGGUUUGCAUUGUGUUGACAUUGUGUUAUUAUUGAGAUUUUCCCAAUAACAAAAGCGGUACUUUGUUUAUAUUGUUUUUUAAUUAUAAGCAAAUUUAGCUUUCUUUUUGCAAUAGAAAUGGCACGUUUAGCUCUACCAUUUGUGUUUUUGCAAAAUGCGCGAAGAAUGCAACUAAAAAUACGAAGAAAUGAGCGUCGCUUGGCGCGUUAUAUGGAUAAGGCUUUCUCCAUGGGUGACGAGGAGUUUGUGGCAAAUUAUCGCGUCCCCAAAAGCUUAUUUAACGAAAUUUAUGAGGAGUUGCGGCCCUACUUGCCAGUUGCGAAGAGGAGAAGUGAUAUAUCACCUAAAUAUAAAUUAUUGGUAGCACUCUCAUUCUUCGCCACUGGCAGCUACCAAAAGCUUGUUGGGAGUACGUUUGGGACACUCAUGUCCCAGCAGUCUGUUUCUAAGGCGAUUAAUGAUACAGUAAUCGCUUUAAAUCAAGAAAACAUUUUAAAGAAGUGGGUAAAGUUUCCCCAAACUCGCUCACAGAGGGAUCUUAUUAAAAGACGGUUUUAUGAAAAAUUUGGGAUCCCUGCAGUCUUGGGCUGCAUCGAUGGCACUCAUGUGGCAAUAGUGCGGCCAUCAGAAAAUGAAGAAAGAUUUUUUAAUAGGAAGCAUUUCCAUUCAAGAAAUGUUAUGAUUAUCUGUGAUGCCGAUUUAAACAUUCUGUCUGUGGAUGCAUCCUUUGGUGGUGCAACUCAUGACAGUUUCAUAUGGAACCAGCACAGUAUUAGGAGCCACUUGAUCACCCUUAAUGAUGCUGGGGAAAAUGUAUAUUUUCUAGGUGAUUCUGGAUAUGCCCAAAGGACAUACAUGAUGACCCCUAUUGUGGAUGCUGCUGAAGGUUCUCCAGAAGAGCUUUACAACAAAAUGCAUUGCUCCGCUCGCAAUGUAGUGGAGCGUACUAUUGGGGUCCUCAAGAAUAGGUGGCGAUGCUUGUUGGGGCACAGAGUGCUGCACUAUCACCCUAUAAAAGCAUCUAAAAUUAUUAAUAGCUGCUGUGUGUUACACAAUAUCUGUAACCAAUUUAGAAAAAACGAUCAUUAUGAUUUUGAUAUUGAGUUAAGAAAUCAAAAUGAAAGUUCCUCUGAACCACCAGAAGCCCGUGUGACUGGUCCAUCGAUUGCUGAACUAAGGAGAGGGAUUGAAAAACGAAAUUCUUUAGUUCAGCAAUUAUGGGCAGCUCGUAGAUAAUAAGUUUUUUUUUUCUUAUAUAAUUUUUUUUUAUGUUGAU